AUGUGAAAGGCGGGAUUACGGGCCGAGUGCAGUUCGGUAGUUUGCAGUGUUUAGUUUGUUCAGUGUGUUCGGGAAGAUUGUUUUCAGCAGCUCGUCGUAAACACUUUUUGGAGUUAAAGAGAAGCGCCUUUUCUCGGUGUUAUUCAUUGAAAGCCGUCUUCGCGAUGGCUUCCAAGAUUCCGGUUUCCGCGGAAGGUCGACACGCACAGCCGACCAAGGAUGAUGCUGCUCCAUUGGGCCCCUCCAACAUGAAGAGAAGUGCUCAGGAUGCCGAAGUCACGUGCGCAGCAGCAAAUGUUAAAUAUGGUGCAAAAACAGAUGUUUGUGUUCAGGCGAAGGAAGGAAGACUUCAUAACAAUUUUAAAAGGAAAAAACCUCCGGUGAAAGACAACAGAGGACCUCAGUCCAGACUGGAAGCAGAGCUCCAGGACCAGAAUCGCCAUUUGCAGGCAAAUGUUGAGGAGCUUAAAAGAAACUUGUCAGAAUACGAGGACAGGGUCAUUAAAAUGGAGCAGCAGUAUUCAGAUCUUCAAACAGAGAAAUGUGAGAUGCGGAAACAGCUGGAAAGCUGCCUUCUGUUGCUGGUGGCCGGCGAUAUCGAUCCAGUUUUAGGGCAAAGAAUUGCUGAAACAAAGGAGCAAAAAGAAGAGCAACAGAAUGAUGUUAUGAAUGCUUCCAGAGAGCUACUGAAUGAGUUGGAGAUGUUUAGCGAAAAGAUGUCAAGACAGAGGCGGCAGCUGGAGGAGGUGGAGCAAAAAAUGGCGACGCUGAAGAGGAGCCAGGAGCAGCACGCUGCGGAAAGGGGCGAGUUUUCGUUGGAAGUGGAAGAAAUGGAGCGGGCCAUGGAGGAGGCCGAGGCACUGCUGCUCAGUGAGAUUUAAAUAUUUUUGUGACUGGAGGUAGGGUGUUUUACCCUUCUGGAACAGACUGAGGGCACAGUAAAAUCCUUCAA